UUGCUUAUUGCACUCAUGCUUGCUAAUGUCAGGGGCCUCCUUGUUUUUGUUUUUUUCAGACUUUGGCACCAGCUUACUCUGCAGGUGUUGGACUUUGUGCAGGACCCCUGCUUUGCUAAAGGAGAUGGACUCAUCAAGCUUUAUGAGAAUUUCAUCAGUGAGUUUGAACACAGGGUGAACCCUUUGUCUUUGGUAGAGAUCAUUCUUCAUGUAGUUAGACAGAUGACAGAUCCCAAUGUGGCCCUUACUUUCCUGGAAAAGACUCGAGAAAAGGUGAAAAGUAGUGAUGAGGCUGUGAUUCUAUGUAAAACAGCCAUUGGAGCUUUGAAGUUAAACAUUGGGGACCUGCAGGUCACAAAGGAGACCAUAGAAGAUGUUGAAGAGAUGCUGAACAAUCUCCCUGGGGUGACAUCUGUUCAUAGCCGUUUCUAUGACCUUUCCAGCAAGUACUACCAGACAAUUGGGAACCAUGCCUCUUACUAUAAGGAUGCACUGCGGUUCCUAGGCUGUAUUGAUGUCAAGGAUCUACCAGUGUCAGAGCAGCAGGAGAGAGCUUUUACGUUGGGGCUGGCAGGACUCCUAGGAGAAGGCGUUUAUAACUUUGGGGAAUUGCUCAUGCACCCUGUUUUGGAGUCCUUGAGAAACACUGACAGACAGUGGCUGAUUGACACGCUUUAUGCCUUCAACAGUGGCAAUGUAGAGAAAUUCCAGGCUCUGAAGACAGCCUGGGGCCAGCAGCCAGAUCUGGCUGCAAAUGAAGCACUUCUCCUGCAGAAGAUCCAGCUGCUGUGCCUCAUGGAGAUGACUUUCACUCGACCAGCCAAUCACAGACAGCUCACUUUUGAAGAGAUUGCUAAAAGUGCCAAAGUCACCGUGAAUGAGGUGGAACUGCUGGUGAUGAAAGCUCUCUCAGUAGGGUUAGUAAAGGGCAGUAUUGAUGAAGUGGAUAAGAAAGUGCACAUGACCUGGGUCCAACCUCGUGUGCUGGAUUUGCAGCAGAUCAAGGGGAUGAAGGACCGUCUGGAGUUCUGGUGCACGGACGUGAGGAGCAUGGAAAUGCUGGUGGAGCAUCAAGCCCACGAUAUCCUAACAUAGAAGACGUUGCACCGCCUGAGUGAAUAACUCUUGCUGCUGCUGAAAUUGGUGGUGCUCAGACCACUGACUCUGUACAGAAUUAUAUUAAAAGGGGGCUAGGGGAGGUGGGGAAGAACUACUUUUUGACACUUGUACAGAGGAGUAAGUGGCCUUUACUGUGUAACCCUUUGGUGCUUAAAUCAGGAAUUCCCUGUGCACCGACAGUCUCCUAGCACUGACCAUAGAAGCUUCUGCCCUACUGUCACCAAGGGGGAGAUAAGGGCUCCAUAACAUGGUUGAAUGUCUUAGUGUCAAACUGUUGCACUGCAUGGUGCUGGUGGUGGCUACAUGGUAGAGUCAUUAGCCCAAUGGUUGGGUGUUUCUGUCCUAAACUGUGCUAGACAGCGUGCAAAUAUGACGUCUAUCAGGCAUUGCUGAUUUGGAAUUGGACUGGGGAGAACACAAGGUUCUCUCCUCCCAACAGUUCAAAGGCAGCAUUACCAAGACCCCUCCCUCUUCCCCCAGUUGCCAGUAGAGGGAGCUGCUCACUCCAUCAAUGGGUUUCCCAGGAAUACGAUAAUAAAUUUAGUGCAUCUGGGUUUAUAUCCUUUUUGGGUUUAUUCUUGUCUUUCAUGAAACACUUUAUUGUGAAGUGUGGUGCAGCAGUAUUGCUGGAAUAAACUUCUCUGCCUUCCCUUUUCUGCA